CUGGAAGCGCGCAGGCGUGCAGGCCUUAGCAUCCAGGAGGCGGAGCUGACGCAAGCGGACUGGAGGAAUCGGGUUCCUCCACCCUUCAAUUUUUUCUCUUUUUUGCGUCUUCCUUUAGUCCUUCUGCGCGUCUCUCGUUCUGCUGUGCUGCUGCAAAAGGGAAGCAGCGGUGGCGCACGCAGCUUUUGUGUCCUACAUCUUCUUGCUCUUCGCUCUCCCAGAAACAGUUCAGGGCCGCCUGCAGCGCCUCCGACAUCGGCCGUAGGGUUUUUCGCUUCGUCCUCUUUCCCCCUCCCAGGAGCAGCAUUGAAAUGGCUCAGGAGACAAACCAAACCCCUGGGCCAAUGCUGUGUAGUACAGGAUGUGGAUUUUAUGGCAAUCCUAGAACAAAUGGGAUGUGUUCUGUUUGCUACAAAGAGCAUCUUCAGCGACAGCAGAAUAGUGGUAGAAUCAGCCCAAUGGGUAAAGGGGCAGCUAGUGGUUCAAACAGUCCUACCUCAGACUCUGCAUCUGUACAGAGAGCAGAAAACAGCUUAAACAGCUGUGAAGGUACUGCUAGUAGCACAUCUGAAAAAACAAGAAAUGUGCCUGUUGCCGCUUUGCCUGUAAUGCAGCGAAUGACAGAAAUGAGCAUUUCAAGAGAGGAAACAGUAUCACUGAAAACAGAAGCCAAGCCAGUUGUUACUCAACCAAGCCCAUCAGUUUCUCAACCUAGUACUUUACAGAGUGAAGAGAAAGCUACUGAACUGCCUAAACCAAAGAAGAACAGAUGUUUCAUGUGUAGAAAGAAGGUUGGCCUUACGGGAUUUGAUUGCCGAUGUGGAAACUUAUUUUGUGGACUUCACCGUUAUUCUGACAAGCAUAAUUGCCCAUAUGAUUACAAAGCAGAAGCUGCAGCAAAAAUCAGGAAAGAGAAUCCAGUUGUGGUGGCUGAAAAAAUCCAGAGAAUAUAAACUAGCCUACUUGUGAAAAGACAGACUUACUUGUUUUAUUUUAAUAUACUCUAGGAAAGCAUUAAAGAGCAGAUGCAUGGCUGUUUUCCUUUGUUCUCCAAAGUUUUAAUUUUAGCCUUUUCUGUCUUAAAGGUGUUUCAGAGUGUUUGGGUGUUUGUUACAGGCAGAAUUGGUUAGAUACAGUCCUUGAAAAUGCAUAUGCUCUCCUCAGAAUAUGAUUGGAUGAUCAGAACCUGCACAGGAAUACACAUGCUCAGAGGACAGGCUCUAGUUCACAUGUGCCAAACAUAUAUACUAUCUUCAUGUUUGCAGCAAAUCUGCCUUUUGAGAUGAUCAGGGUGUAUAAAACUAGCCAAAGACUAUGUGCCUGUUUGGGAAAAGGAUAUGUCAAAAAGGUUGGUGAUCUACUUGUAUAAUUUAAAAUCUUGUUCUACUUUUAAUUUCCACACUCCAUUUUUUUCUAGCAGAAUGUAAGUCAUGUAGAAGGCUCUGCCUUCCAGUAAGAUGAGUGUUGGUGCUAUAUUUAAUAAAAACUAAUUUAACAAUUGCAAUGGGAAAAAUUUAAAAAAAACAGGUAUGUAUGAGAAGAAAACUAUUUUGGAACAGAUUGACUUUAGAAUAAUGAAAAUAGUUACCCAAAGGAAAUUUCCUGUUAAAAAAUUAAGAACUGGCCUGCAACAGUUGUCUGCUUUUUCUUGCAUAGCUAAAAAUGAUGUGUAGCACAAUAUUGUGUUAAGAUUGACUUACAAAAAAAAGUUACAUAUGUGUGGGAUUUUUUAGACACUACUUAAUUUCAGUGUGUUCUAGGUUCAAAAGAAUAUUAGGAGAUUUUUUGAAUUAAAAAAACCCCACUGUUUUAAAUGUAUCAAUUCCAUACGCAACCAUACCCAACAUGGCUGCUCUAGACUUAAGUAGGAGGUGGAACCACUUUUGGAGAGCUGCUUUAUCAUAUUUAGUUGUACUUGGGUGUAGGACUGUGGUGUUCUUGGGUGUAUUGCAUAGGUUCCAUUAUCUACAGCUUUGUAUAAUAACUAGAAAGGGCAGUAUUGUUCACUGAUGCUUGUCUGGCAAUAUCACUUGUGUUCUAAUGGAAAGGGUUUUUGUGAUGUAUGAAACUUGUGACUUUUUUAUAUAAUCGAGUAUAGUGUAGACUAAUGUUGUAGUAAUGCCUCUUCUCAUCUGUAAAUAGUUGUGUAUGUACACAAGAUGCUACUUCUGACUUUUAUUGCAGUGUUCAGUCUUAAAUUUUUAGUUCAUUAUUAAAAGCAUCAGGCUUUUGCUUUAAUUAACUUUGUUCUUUAAAUUUAGUUAUGAGAUACGUAAUCAUGUACAGAUAGUUCAUACUUAGGUAUUGCACAUAAUCACACUAUCCAGCAUCUAUGCUCUGUUAUAUUAUGUAAAUAAUAAAAGUAAUGUACAGAAGGAAA